AUGUUUCGAACGUGGCUUGACGAUUCGCCUUAUAUCUUUGGAGCUGCAUCCGGAAAUGUUCCUUCUCAAUUUAAUGUUACGAUCAAGUACACCAAAAAAACCCCGGGAUAUACAGCUCCGGCUGUUGUCUACACAACGUCAAGAACAAUGGGUCCGGAACCAAAGAUCAAUAUGAACUACAAUCUGACAUGGAACUUCUAUAUUGAUGGUGGCUUCAUCUACCUCCUUAGGCUCCAUUUCUGCGAGACUCAAUUAGAAGUUACAAGGGCAGGUCAACGAGUCUUUGACAUAUUCAUCAACAAUCAAACGGCUGAGCGUCGUGCCGAUGUGAUUUAUUGGAGUGGCGGUAAUGGCAUUGCGGUGUAUAGAGAUUACGUUUUGUUGACUCCAAGUGAAGGUUCAAGUAAGCAAACUCUAUGGCUAGCAUUACACCCUAGCGAAGAGGUUGGUUCGAACUUUGUUGAUGUAAUUCUAAACGGUUUAGAGAUUUUUAGACUCAACAAAUCAGAAGGUAGUCUUGCAGUGCCAAAUCCAGAGCCGAGUUCGAGCCUUGCAUCACUAAAACCAGAGAACAAGCAACCAAAGAAGGGCAAAAAGCUGUCAAUGAAGAUCGUCAUUGGAGUUUCCCUAGGCUGCACAAUAACUGUAUCACUUUCCCUUCUACUUUCCUCGAUUUUCUGGCAAAAAAAGCGUCGUUCUUAUUACAAAAGAAAAUCUAUGGAAAGAAGAAAUGCUUCGCCAUUGCCAGACCAACUAUGCAAGUGUUUUACAUUGGCCGAAAUCCGAGCAGCAACCAACAAUUUCGACGAUGCUUUCGUCAUAGGAAGCGGAGGAUUCGGUAAUGUCUACAAGGGCUUCAUCAAGGGAAUAAAAUAUAAAGUGGCAAUCAAGCGAUUAAAGUCAAAGUCCCAGCAAGGAGCUCGAGAGUUUUGGACAGAAAUCCAACUACUUUCUCAGCUUCGAUAUGUUAAUCUCGUCUCUCUGAUCGGCUAUUGCAACGAUAACAAUGAAAAGAUUCUUGUCUAUGAGUAUAUGAGCAACGGAACUCUUCGUGAUCAUCUCUAUAACACUGAAAAAGCUCCUCUCACCUGGAAACAGAGAUUGGAAAUUUGUAUUGUUGCAGCCCGUGGAUUAGAUUACCUUCAUUCAGGAGCAGUUCAUAGAGUCAUUCAUCGGGACGUUAAGAGCACUAACAUUUUGCUGGAUGAGGAAUAUGUGGCUAAAGUCUCUGAUUUUGGCUUGUCUAAAAUGAGUCCAAUUAGCAUGACAAAUGAUCCAAUUAGAACCGUGGUGAAGGGCACUUUUGGCUACAUGGAUCCUGAAUACUACAGGCGCCAACAAUUAACUGAGAAAUCAGAUGUCUACUCUUUUGGAGUGGUACUAUUCGAAGUGUUGUUUGCUAGACCGGCAGUGGAUUCAAAAUUAGAAUAUUCGCAGAUCAGUUUAGCCAAUUGGGCACGGAAGUGUAUUGGGAAUGAGAGUAUUGAGGAAGGCAUCGACCCUUUUCUAAAAGGUAAAAUUUCACUCAACUGUUUAAGAACAUAUGCCAAAAUUGCAGAAAAUUGUAUCCGUGAAGAUGGUUGCGAAAGGCCCUCCAUGAAUGAUGUAGCUCGAAGACUUGAAUUUGCUCUGCAACUGCAAGAAAUUGAGAAUGCUGAUCAAGUUUGUCAAGUUAGUGAUGGAGCUCGGUCCCAAGUCAAUAGAAAUAUCCAGUUAUAUCACAAUUUAUGAAUCAAAUGUCCAUUUGUGCUUUAAUUAUGUUUUUUUAUGAGACAAACAUUCGUGGCUAAUUUAUUCAUGAUAUUUACACAGAGAAA